AUGGGUGAGGUUAAGUUAAUAUCAGAAUUUUAUGUAAGACCUCAAGCAGAAGUUAACAAAUCCAAUCAAAAAUACUACUUGGUUCCUUCGGAAUUAAAUCUGUUGUUAUUAAGCUACUUAAAAUGCGGUUACCUCUAUAAAAAACCACAAGAUUUUAACACUGUAUUAUAUUUCGAAAAGCUUAAACUCUCACUUUCUAUGGCUCUAGUUCAUUUUUAUCCUUUAGGAGGCCAACUUGUUACAGAAACGUAUGAGCAUGAUCAUUCCUCACGCAUUUUCGUUGAUUUCUCUAAAGGUCGAGGGGUUAAGGUGAUUCACGCCAUAGCCCCUGACCUUAGACUUGAUGAUAUUAUUUCUCCCAACAAUGAUAUUCCCAUGGUGGUUCGUUCAUUUUUUAGUUUUAACGAUCAAUUGAUCAACUAUGACGGACAUAUACAACCUUUGGCUCUUUUUCAGGUGACAGAGCUUAAAGAUGGGGUGUUCUUAGGAAUAUCCAUCAACCAUUGCUUAGUCGAUGGUACGUCUGCUGUUCAUUUCCUAAGUACAUGGUCUAAAUUUUUCAUGUCAUCAUCAUCAUUACCACCAUCAAUUUCUCAUGUACCCAUCAUCCGUCCUUCAUUUCUUAACAACAUACAAACAAAUAAUAAACUCCCUUACAUAAAACCUAGUGAGUUUGUAAUCAGAACAACACCAAACAAUGGCAUAAGGGAGAGAAUCUUCCACUUCUCCAACAACACCAUAGCAAUGCUUAAGUGUAAGGCUAACUCCCAAGCUUCACAUUAUCAACAUAAAAUCUCAUCCCUUCAAGCAAUAUCAGCUUUUAUAUGGAGGUCUAUUUCUCGUGCUAGAAACUUACACUCAAAUAACUUAACAAGUUGUACAAUGAUUACGGAUCUUAGGCCUAGAUUUACCCCUCCUUUAUCACGACAUUGUUUUGGUUGUUUCUUAAAUGAAGCUGCAGUAACAGUGAAUAUAACUGACCUACUUUCCAAUAAUUUGGGAUGGGCCGCCUCACUACUUCACGAAAAGGUGAUCAGAUUAGAUGAUAAAGUGGCUCGACACGUGUUUUGUAAGAGUCCGGAAUUGGAAAUCUCUUGUAAUGCUUCAAGUGGGCCCAACCCGGUGAUUGUUGUUGGAUCACCAAGGUUGGAUCUUUAUGGAUGCGAAUAUGGGUUGGGUAGACCUUUGGGUGUUAUAAUUGGAGCUGAUAAUGACGAUGGAGAAAUCACCAUUUCUUCAAGUUCUAAACUUGAUGGGAGUAUGGAUGUUCAAGUUUCGCUUGCCUCUUAUGCAAUGAAUGCUCUUUUAUUAGAUCAGGAGUUUAUGAGUUUCACUUCCUAUAUAAAAUCAACUUUAUAA